UUUACAAUUCGGCCUGCAAGUAUAAUUGCUUCUCAUCUGCAAAGAAAAUUCACAUCUCUAUUUCUGUUUUCUGUGCUAAAGAGCUCUGUCAGUGUCUGAAGAUGUCUGGUCGCGGAAAACAGGGUGGGAAGGCCCGUGCCAAGGCUAAGACUCGCUCUUCUAGGGCUGGUCUUCAGUUUCCCGUUGGCCGAGUUCAUCGUUUGCUGCGUAAAGGCAACUACUCCGAACGAGUUGGAGCUGGAGCGCCGGUGUAUCUUGCGGCAGUGCUGGAGUACCUAACCGCUGAGAUCUUGGAGCUGGCGGGCAAUGCAGCACGGGACAACAAAAAGACUCGUAUCAUCCCGCGCCACCUGCAGCUGGCCAUCCGCAACGACGAGGAGCUCAACAAGCUGCUGGGCAAAGUCACUAUCGCGCAGGGUGGUGUCCUGCCCAACAUCCAGGCCGUGCUGUUGCCGAAGAAAACUGAGAGCCACCACAAGGCCAAGGCUCAUGUAUUCCUAAUCUCAAAGAGGCUUUGACAUAUUGUAGUUGAUUAUAUACAGCACCAACAAAGGAAGAA